AUGACACUAUUCACUGAUGAUGCCGAUUACGAUACUGAUGAAACGACUGAGAAUGUAACAAGUCCACGGCCUAAUGCAGAGAAUUAUGAAAACUAUUUUGGAAGAGGACUUCGGACAAGGCGCCUUCAACUAAGUCUCUCUGACCACAAGGCCGAGUUGCGAAAACCAGUUCAACCUGCUUCCAAUCUAAGGAAGAUAUGUUUUACGAAUGCUCUUUCUGAAAAGUGUCUUGGCAUUAUUGUAUCAAGCCAAGUUUGUAGGCUGGGGGGCCUUCCGCCUUUGAUCGGAUUCUUCUGUCUUGCCAAGUCAAAGGAGACGACAGCCGAAGCUUUACUGCGUGAAGAUGUACCAUUGUACGUUUAG